AUGUCAUUAGCACAAGCAACAAAGAGCGACUUGCCCUACCAAGCGCGCUCGCUCUACCGCUCAUUGCUGCGCCAGAGCAGCCAAUUCGCCGCCUACAACUUCCGCGAGUACGCUAAGCGAAGAACACGCGAUGCUUUCCGAGAACACCAGAAGGAAGGGGACGAGAGGAGAGCACAAGAACUCAUGCAGAAUGGGCUGAAGGAGCUACAGAUGCUGAAGAGGCAAACUGUCAUUAGCCAGUUCUACCAGAUCGACCGGUUAGUUGUCGAAGGCGGCAAGGAGGGCAAGCAGACAGGAAACAGAAACGACAUCGUCAGACAAAAGGAUCAAGGGUGGGACUGA